AUGAUCACCGACGUCCUCAAGUUCCCUGACGACCAGCCGCCCGUGAACCUGGUGUUCGGCUGCGUCAACGGGGAGCGGGGGGAGCUGUACCGCCAGAUGGCGGAUGGGCUCAUGGGCAUGGGCAACAACCACAAUGCCUUCCAGAGCCAGCUCGUGGCGAAUGGCAUCAUUGACGACGUCUUCUCCUUGUGUUUUGGCUUCCCGAGGAAUGGAGUGCUGUUGCUGGGUGAUGUCCCGCUUCCCGAGGCCCUCCUCGCCUCCACCGCCACCAGCACGGUGUAUACCCCCCUGAUCAGCAGCAUGCACCUCCAUUUCUACAACGUGCGGAUAGAGGGCAUUGAGGUGAAGGGAGAGCGGCUGCCCCUGGAUCCGGUGAUGUUUGACCGCGGCUACGGCACUGUGUUGGACAGCGGCACCACCUUCACCUACUUGCCCUCCCUGGCGUUCGAGGCCAUGAGCAGGGCGGUGGGGCAGUACGCGGAGGAGCGGGGACUGCAGCGAACACCGGGGGCUGACCCGCAGUACAACGACAUUUGUUGGAAGGGCGCAUCGGACAACGUCGAUGCGCUGUUGGAGUUCUUCCCGUACGCGGAGUUCGUACUGGGCGGUGAUGUGCGUCUGAAGCUGCCGCCCGUGCGCUACCUCUUCCUGUCCCGCCCUGGCGAGUACUGCCUGAGCGUCUUUGACAACGGCGGCUCCGGAACCCUCAUCGGCACGGGCUCUGUGCAGAACGUGCUCGUUACCGUUACACCUUUGGAGGAGGAUAACGUGCAACUCCAAUUAAAGGUUACACCUUUGGAGGAUAACGUGCAACUCCAAUUAAAGUACGACCGACGCAACAGCCGAGUUGGCUUUACCGACAUCGACUGCGAGGAGCUGGCGUCGGCGCUCGUGGCGACGGCUAAUGCCACCGCAGCAUCAUCACCUUCCCCACCGCCGCCCUUCCCGGCGCCGCCGUCGCCACCGCCGCCGCCGCCGUCCCCGUCUCCCCCCCCAAGGGCCUCGCGGGGGUCCCGAAGCUCGCGCGGCUCUCCCUCUCCAGCCGCCAGCCGCCCGCACCCCCACAUGAUGCUGCACCACAAGCACCAUCACCCCAGCGGUGGCGGCUCGCAGCUCAGAAAGGAGGUGGCGCAGCGGUCGCAUUGGCUGCGGUUGCGGUGA